AUUUUUUUCCCCAUAUUUCGUAUACAAACAUUUUUGUUAUCAAUCAAUUUUUUACUGUUUUAAUAAAUGUACAUAAAGUAAAGGAAAACAAAUUCUUGCUUCAAUGAAGAUGGCAACUAUUCGGCAUCACUGGUUUCAUCAUGCUUUGGAAAUUGUUGAGGUUUCGAAUGACUGGAGCAAUUUUCAAGCCACGAAUAAUUCAAUUUUGUGAUAUUAAGAACAUGAACGAAGAAUUAAUAAUCGUACUGCAAGAAAAAUUAGGUCUGUCUGUAGAUAAAUCAAGAAAAAUCAUUAAAAGGAAUCCAUCUAUUUUGAAGUCUACCCCUGUAACUUUGUCAAAUAAAAUUUCAUUAAUGUUGGAUUUUGGAUUUACUAAAGAUGAAAUCAUCAAAACCCCUAAAGUGGUAACAAUGCAUAAGAAUACUAUAAAGAAUUAUAUUAUGUUGUUGGAAGAAGGCGGUUUUAAUAAAAAAAAAAUUUGCCCAUUUGUUUUAAUAAGAUUUAAAUACAUCAUAAGGAAAUCUAUUAAAUCAUUGAAAACUGAUAAGUUUAUCCAAAAAAACAUUGAUGUUCGAUACCAUAUGUUGUCAUUUCUUCAGUUUCCUAUCAGUCAGUAUCCUGUAGGGAAAUGUGAUGAAUUGCUCUCUUGGUCACAAGUCCAAAAUGAUGUAUUCGAAUUGUACCUUCAGUGGAAACUUAAAUUAGACUCUGAGAGUGUAAAACGAGCGGUUAACUUAUAUAACCGUCUUAACAAUAAAAGUUUUCGACAAACAGAAAAAGUCAUUGCAAUUCUCCAAAAUCAACUUGAAUUUAGUAUAGAAAAAAUCAGAAAUAAUCCUUACUUACUACAUAGUGAUCCAGAUAAUAUAGUGAACAUUUUAAACAACUGUAAAGAACUAUGCGGUAAGGAGACAAAAAAUAUUUUAUCAAAAUUUCCAAUUAUAACUCUCAGUAAUUAUGAAAAUAUUAAAAUCAUUCAAAAACAUUUAAAGAACUUUGGUAUUCCAGAAUCGUUUACAUCAAAAGUCCCUAGAAUUUAUACACUUUCUCCUCAAACUGUGAAUAAACGGCUUUGUUACAUAAGAGAAACACCAGAGUUGGUACCAUUUAUGACUAACUUGCAUGUUGCACGAUUAAUAUUUUACAAAAAACAAGUAAAUCAAAGACUGAAAUAUCUGCAAAACAAGAAUUGUGUUUGUGUGCACUUGCUAACAUCUAAUUCUGAGCAAUUUGACAAAUUUAACAAUAAUGGUAAUGACAAGGUUUAUUCCAAUGAUAUCAUGGUAUACCUGACCUUAGAACUUAAAGAAAGCAAAAAAAAUUUACGUGACAUGUUAGCUCGGCACCCAUACUGGCAUUAUGUUUCUCUUAUGUCUAUCAGGCAAACUUGUACAUUUUUGAAAAGACACAAUUUUACUGACAAGCAAAUAUGCCAUAGUAUACAAGUGGUGUUAUAUCCAAAGGAAAAAAUUUCCAAGGCGUUACAAGAUGUAGAAAACAUGAAGGAUAUAUACUAUCUUAGAGACUCAAGAGGAUUGAUUAAAUCUGAGUUCCUGUUACCUCUUAUACUGUAUAGUCUUGAAAUAAAUCAUCACUUCUCUGGUGAUGGCGUCUGGAGUACAGCCAAUAAAGAUAAACAACUAAAUUCAUCUGCAUCUUUAAAACAUUCUUAUGGUGAUAAUGAAGAACUCGAUCAUGUACCCACUGUCAUUUCCACAAUUAUAGAGUAGUAUUAUUUCAA